GAGGAAUCCAAGAUGAACUUGGAGCAGGAGAGGCCGUUUGUCUGCAGUGCCCCGGGCUGCUCCCAGCGUUUCCCGACAGAGGACCAUCUCAUGAUUCAUCGGCACAAGCAUGAGAUGACUUUGAAGUUUCCUUCAAUAAAAACAGACAAUAUGCUCUCAGAUCAGACUCCAACACCCACGAGAUUCCUGAAGAACUGUGAGGAGGUGGGUCUCUUCAGUGAGCUGGACUGCUCCUUCGAGCACGAGUUCAGGAAGGCUCAAGAAGAAGAGAACAGCAAGCGGAAUAUCUCCAUGCAUAAUACGGUUGGAGGGACCAUGACGGGACCUGGAGCUCAUCAGCUGGGCAAUACCCGGAUGCCCAACCACGACACCAGUGUUGUGAUUCAACAAGCCAUGCCAUCACCCCAGUCCAGCUCAGUCAUCACGCAGGCUCCCUCUACCAACCGCCAGAUCGGGCCUGUCCCAGGCUCUCUAUCAUCUCUGCUCCAUCUCCACAACAGACAGAGGCAGCCCAUGCCGGCCUCCAUGCCUGGGACCCUGCCCAACCCCACCAUGCCAGGAUCUUCUGCCGUCUUGAUGCCCAUGGAGAGACAAAUGUCGGUGAACUCCAGCAUCAUGGGCAUGCAAGGCCCCAACCUCAGCAACCCCUGUGCUUCUCCCCAAGUCCAGUCAAUGCAUUCAGAAGCCAAAAUGAGGUUGAAGGCGGCGCUGACCCACCACCCCGCGGCCAUGUCGAAUGGGAACAUGAGCACCAUCGGACACAUGAUGGAGAUGAUGGGCUCCCGGCAAGACCAGACGCCGCACCACCACAUGCACUCCCACCCGCAUCAGCACCAGACACUGCCGCCCCACCACCCCUACCCGCACCAGCACCAGCACCCCGCCCACCAUCCCCACCCACAGCCUCACCACCAACAGAACCACCCGCACCACCACUCCCAUUCCCACCUUCAUGCACACCCGGCACACCACCAGACCUCGCCACACCCGCCCCUGCACACCGGCAACCAAGCACAGGUUUCACCAGCCACACAACAGAUGCAACCAACCCAGACCAUACAACCGCCCCAGCCUACAGGGGGACGCCGGCGAAGGGUGGUGGAUGAGGACCCGGAUGAGAGGCGGAGGAAAUUUCUGGAAAGGAACCGGGCUGCCGCCACCCGUUGCAGACAGAAGAGGAAGGUCUGGGUGAUGUCACUGGAAAAGAAAGCAGAAGAGCUCACCCAGACAAACAUGCAGCUUCAGAACGAAGUGUCCAUGUUGAAAAACGAGGUGGCCCAACUGAAACAGCUGUUGCUAACACAUAAAGACUGCCCGAUCACAGCCAUGCAGAAGGAAUCACAAGGAUAUUUAAGUCCGGAGAGCAGCCCUCCCGCGAGCCCUGUCCCAGCAUGUUCGCAGCAGCCCGUCAUCCAGCAUAACACCAUCACUACGUCCUCCUCGGUCAGCGAGGUCGUGGGGAGCUCCACCCUCAGUCAGCUCACGACUCACAGAACAGACCUCAAUCCUAUUCUUUAAAAGGCAGUGGUCAGACCUGGCCCACCCCGAGAAGAGCUGGACCAUGCCAUACAUCCUUUCUCCAAAGGGCAUUUUUAGAAUUCACUCAGACCAGGAAGACGCCUCAGCCCUUCAAAGACUGGCUUACCUUUUUUAUAGUUAUUAUGGAAAUGUUGUCUUUUAUACUUAGUUAUAUAAGAAAAAGGGAGUUAUGCAAUGAAUAUCUAUCAGCUUGGGAAGCGCGCUGGUGCUUUUCUCUGAUUUUCUGGUACCAGUUUCUUGUUUAUAAACAGAAUCUUUCCUGUAUAUAGCCAUAGUUUCAAUCUUACCAGUCCAACCCUUUGCCUGAAACAAUGAAUCUUGUUAAAACUACAGCUUUUAGCCAAAAUGAGGUAUACUUCGAUGUCAAGUGAGAUGGAUCCACAGGAACUGGGUGGGAAAUCCGGUGAUGUCAUAACUCAUGUUGAGUUUGUGCUGUGGUGUCACCAGAACCUCAGAUACACGCAUGGGCUUUCCUGAGUUCGUUUUUCAUGCUAGAAAAAAAAAAAAAAGUAUGGUCCAUCAUUGUCCCAAGAGAGCCACCAAGCAUCUCAGGCCCUCUCCUGCUCUUGCUCACUUGCUCAGAUUGUCCAAUAUUCAUCUCCACUGCCACUUCCCUGGGUUCCUUAUUCACUCUUGGCUUUACCUUUCCCCCUUUAACUUUGCAUGUGAAGAAGAAAAUAAUGUCUAAAGAGGGAAAAGAGCAAAUCUUGAAAGUGUGGACCUAGCCAUUGUUUCGCUCGACUUUAACACACAGCUGGACUUCAUUCCACUCUUGCCUUUCACAAAAUAGCAGCCGGGAGAUGUUUAAUGUGCCUGAUUUAAUGUUUUUAAUAACCAGAGCAAAUAAAAAGCGAUUCGGUUCUAGGUGAAGCCCUAUUGAAUGCCAGCUGUGGAGACACUAGGGAAAGGACCUUUGUUAGCCUCAACUGUGAAAGUUCAAAUUAGGACGUGGGCUCUGACAUCACACCCCCGAAUUACAACUCAUUUCUAUGGCCUGUCUAUAAUGUUGAAACCCAUGCACUAUAUAAUAGUUCAGAAGGGCUCUGUUCACUACACAGAUUACAUUGUUCAAUCAUCAGCUGCUAAUAGCCUAAGAUUUAUUAUUAUUUUUUUUCCUAAGCCUAUGGAACCAGCUCUGCUAUUCUGGUGGGCAAAAGCAGGCUCACUCCUGGAGACGGAGAGAGAGAAAGCAAGGCCAGUGCUUCUGCAGGGUGCUUGUAGUCUGUCAGACAGACGGACUCUCCGGCUGCCAAACAAGUUCCGUGGAGGUGGCCAGGCUGAUGCGCUCUUAUGGACGGUUCUGAUUCAUAUUUUCAGCAACUUCCAUGGACCUGCCCAUGAUGAAAAGCAGAUCAAACCCACACCACAGUUGUGCCUCCUUGAAACAAGCCAUCCGACUGUUCUGCUGGUGUUUUGGUAUCAUGUGUUUUCUCACUAGCAGUCUAGGCGUAUGCUGGUGUCUCAUCUCCGCCCAAAUACUACUUCACCUCUAACCUGUGUGUGGGUGUGGGUGUGUGUGCCUGAGUGUGUGUGUGCGGGGACGUGUGUGUUUAUGAACAGUAUAGGUUUUAAAAGAACAGUAUUUUACAGAAGCUGUCACUUUUAUAAGAGUUCAGUAAAGGAAGGAUGUACUUUUUCGCUCACUAUAGUUUAAAAAAAUCUAUUUUAGAGGAAAAAAAAGAAAAUAUGAGGACUCUGAAGCAUGACUUUUAUAACUAGGUUCAGUUUUAUCUAAUAACUUACUUUUAAAAUCAAUAUUUAUCAACAGGUUUUUUUUUUUUCCAUGUAUGCUGUGCUUUUGAGAGACAAGUUUGACUGUUCAGUAAAGCUUAAGACUUGGAUAUAUGACCUAAGAAUAAGAAAACAAAUGCAAAAAAAAAGUAAAAAAAAAGAAAGAAAAGGAAGAAUGAAAAGGGAGGAGAGGAUGGGGUGAGCAGGAUUUUCUGUUGUAUUUUAGGGGAUGUAAAGUAUAUCAUUUUCAAAUACUUUAAAUACUGAAUUCAUAUUGUUAUUACUUUUUUCUGAAUUCCAGCAGUAACAGAAUGGUUUAACCUAACUGGCUUCCUAGAAAUGUUUAAGACUUACAUUUGAAAGAAGUUAAUAUUCAUCGCUCUGGUUUGAAAUCAAAAGGAAUUUUCUGCAAAAUUCCAUCCUUAGACCAUGUAGACAUUCUGCUCCC